GAGCAUAAACAUGUUAAUAGUUCAAGUUCCGAUGAAGUUAUAGUUAGCAAAGUUGCUUCACCCAUGAAGCCAAUUGCAUCAGAUAAGGAGCUUGUAGUAAUUCUCUCGGGUGAAAUGGGGAAGGAAAACUCUUCAGAAAGAAACAGUAGUUUAAAGCUUGACCCUGUAAACACUCCGAAUAUUUUAACCAAAAAAUCUAAGAAAACAAAGCGUGAAGAAUUAAAGGAAAUAUUUAAUGGGAACAAUGUUGAUAGUGCUGGCAAAAAGAAGAGCCACAAAAGGAGUAAAAUUUGGGAAAAAGUUCCAAAUGAGGAUAAAGGAAAUGUAAAUGAUGGCACCAAAGCUUGUAACAAAGUCUCUGAAAAGGAAACAAAAGCAGAUAGCAACCACAAUUUUUGCCGUACUAAAAUAUCGUUAAGAAAUGAUGCGGAAGGCAAAUCUUUGUCUGGGGUUGAAGCACAAGGACAUAGAAAACAUUGCCCUAUUUCUGGAGAUCCUGCAAAUGAUUUCGUUGAUCAUGUGACUUCGGCUCCAAAACAAGAUAUGCAACCUAUGCAUGGGGAAAAUAGGAACAAUACUGUACUGAUAGAUAGUUGUGCUCGAGCCAAAGUCCAAGGGGGAAUAGCAAGGUUUGCAAGUGUUGGUAUGAACCUAGUGAUGGAUAAAAUUGAUGAGGAAAUUCCUUUGCCUCCUGGAACUGAGUUAACAAAUAUAUUGGGCAUUGAGCUUCCACCUGAAGACGUUGGAAACGCUUUGCAACUCUUGGAGUUUUGCAGAGUGUUUGGAAAG